CUUCAAUCGAUUGCUUGGCAACCGGCUUAUGCACUAUAAUUAAGGUUUGCUCAAGAACUAUGCACCUAUACAUAGCACAAAUUUGGACGGGGAAAUAAUAGUUUUUUGAGAAGUUUCAAAGAAAUUAUUAAGACUCCGUCCACAUGUAAGUUUUCUUCGUCGAAACAAAUAUCUAGCGACAAAUAUAUGGUUGAAGCUAGAAAGAAAUCUGGAUGGAUGACCAUAAAUCUCACUAUUCAUUUCUCAUAAUCAGUUACUUCACCAAACUCCGUCUCUAUUGCGCCCAUAUAAGUGUAUGCCACUUUAAAUAGUGCGUCAGUGACGACAUGAAACGAUAAACCAAAGUGAUCAUAGGAAAAGGAAAGAAAGUAAGACAAGCUCUGUAGAAAUCGUACUUAUGAAGGUUUUACGAGUAUAUAAAGAAAGUGAUCACCAGUUAUGUAAAUGUUCUCUCGAGAACUCUCUUGGUAAGGGGACCCAGCUCAGACUCAAGCUGAGAUCCCCUGACAGAGCCAGACCGGGCCUAAUACUAUUGACUAUUAUAAAGUGACUAUGCGUUUUUUUCACUCCCAGUUUACUGUCAUAGAAAUUGAUGCGUAUUUAUCCUUGACAAACUUAUUGUUUCUAGUCCUAAAAUAUGCGUUUAAAAUGAAAAACCGCUGAUUGCUUCAAUUAUAUUCAUGCAAUAUAAAUAUUUUGGUUAGAAACAUUAAGUUUGUCACUUAUAAAUACGGAUCAACUUCUAUGACAGAGAUCUGGAAGAAAAAUACAAUUUUAUAACCAUCUUACACGAACAAUGUUUAAAAAAUCAUUAUUGUUAUUUUUUUAAUGAAUAAACGGUGUAUUUAGGCAAUUAUUUUCGUUAAAAUACAUCCCAGAUCAUGAUAAAACAAGAAAUACAAUCUUUGCAACAGUUUAUUGAAGUCAUUUUUGAUGAAAACACAGUUAUCCCUUAACAAACUAUUCUUUUCUUACGAAAGAUGCUUUAUUUGAAAAAGAUCCUUCAGUACCAGCUAGAUUUCAGAGAAUGAGAGAAGAAUUUGAAAAAAUUGGUAUGAGAAGGAGUGUCGAUGGUGUACUUUUAGUUCACAAGCAUGGAAUUCCUCACAUUUUAUUACUACAACUAGGUAAUACUUUCUUUAAACUUCCUGGUGGUGAAUUAAAGUCUGGUGAGGAUGAAGUUGAAGGCCUCAAAAGACUCUUAACUGAGAUAUUGGGACGCGAGGAUGGGGGCAAGCAGGAAUGGAUAAUUGAAGACACAAUUGGUAAUUGGUGGAGGCCUAAUUUUGAACCUCCUCAAUAUCCGUAUAUCCCUGCCCACAUUACCAAGCCAAAAGAGCAUAAAAAAUUAUUUCUCGUUCAAAUGUCUGUUAAAGCGUUACUUGCUGUUCCUAAAAACUACAAGAUAGUGGCAGCUCCCCUUUUUGAACUUUAUGACAGUACACAGAGUUAUGGUGCUAUCAUCUCUUCACUUCCCCAAGCUCUUUGUAGGUAUCCUCUAACUAAUUAUACUUUUCUCACAAAAGAGCCAUUAUUUGAAAAAGACCCAUCAGUACCUGCCAGGUUUCAACGAAUGCGUGAAGAAUUUGAUAAGAUUGGGAUCAGGCGAAGUGUUGAUGGUGUUCUUCUUACACAUAAACAUGGCAUACCUCAUAUUUUUUUAUUGCAUCUUGGUACUACUUUCUUCAAGCUUCCUGGAGGUGAACUUAAUGCAGGUGAAGACGAAGUUGAGGGUCUUAAAAGACUUUUAACUGAGAUUUUGGGACGAGAGGAUGGUGUAAAACAAGAAUGGAUCAUUGAAGAUACGAUUGGUAAUUGGUGGAGGCCCAACUUUGAACCACCGCAGUAUCCUUACAUUCCUCCCCAUAUAACAAAGCCUAAAGAGCAUAAGAAACUAUUUCUAGUGCAGUUACCAGAGAAGUUUAACAGUUCGGCGUUUGGGAUGCUAGAACAAGCUGGACAAAAUUUCAUCACUGUCUUAUGUCCUAUGUUACUAGUAGUUAGGCAGCCUGUCUAUUCAUAUGAUCAUGGUUGAAAAAUAUUAUAAAGCAUGUUUAUAUGUUACUCACAGGCCGCUUAGUAACAGGAUAACUGUUUUGAAGACUGUAUGACUGUCUUAAAUUAUUGAAGAUUGUAUUAGUGUGGAAUAGAAUAAAUACUUUUUCUGAUAUACCUUUUUGUUAGUUUCAAAGCGGUAUUACUUUGGGAAAUUUUGUUUAUAUGCUAGGUAUUUUAGUUUGACCCAAAUUCAGACGCUGGUAGUGUUAGGUAAUAUUAAUAUAAGAUCCAAACCCAUUGUCCGGUGCAUGUUAAAAAGAAUAUCUUAAGUGCUUAAUAAGAGCAUAAUGACAAAUUUCAAGAAAAUGCUUUCUUGAAAUUGUCAUCAUUUUAUCUAAUGAUUUUUUAUGUAUACGGGGCCGGACCACAAAUGAAUUUCAAAAGCAACGUUCAUGUAACUUCUUUUCUCUCUGCAAUAUAUUUUAGAUUGAACUGACACAAAAAUGAUAUAAAUAUCAGACAAGUAAAAAUUCAACAAGAUUUUACAUUGAUGUGUUUAAACUAUGGGUAUGGAUAUAAAUAUAUUUUAAAAAAUUAAUUUUCAACUUCAUCACUUGUUAUUUCGGUUUUUACUCUGUACCAACUGUAACCAUCCCUUCUUGUUCUGUUUGAUGUUGCUAUUUCCAUAUAUUUCAUUUGUCUCUUGUGGUUCUACCAAUGUGUCUCUUAAACAAUCUUAAGAGUUGAAAACUGGAAGGUACAUUAUAUUAAAAUUCCAGUUUACUCACUUAGACAUUCAGCCUUAGUUGCUUCCAGAGACCAGCAUUGUUUAUCUGCCUGAACCUCUGUCAUUGUGAUUAACAUUAAAACUCCAGUGAGCAUUAAAAGAAAGUAACAGUAGUUGAUUGAAGUGACAGUGGUAGGGAAACCAAGGAUUCCCAAAGUAUUGACUAGUGUAUUUAUCUCCCUCUCUUACUAACUCUCUUCCCACUUUAUGGUUUAAGAAUAAUUAUAAUGAAAUAUUUCUGUACAUAAUAGACCGUUAAUGCACUGAAGCUAUUAUGCCUCCCUCCACCAUUACAGAAUUAUAAUCAUUAUAGUAUAACCUAUUUACAAGUUCAUAGAACUAACUACUUAUAUAAGAGUAAUUAUUCUUUGUAUGAAAAUGAAAUUUUGUUUUAUUUUAUAUCAAGUUGGCUAUUUAUAACGGACAGUGGGAUUUUGGAUCUUGUUUCUGUUAGUAUUUCAUUAUGAAUUAUGAAUUAUUUCAUUAUGAACUGUAAGCUUUCAAAUAUUUAUUUGAAAUUGUACACUAUUUUCUUUUUAUUACUUUAUUCAUAUUAUAUUAUAUUUCAUUUAAAUUAUUUUUUUUUUCACAUGCAGUUAGGUAUUGUAAUAUUUUACUGACGGUUGAAAGAUUAUGUGGUUCAAAUUUUAUUGAUUUAUAUUUAUAAAUUUUUUACACAAAAAUAAAAUGUAUUUAUUAUUAUUUUUUUUAAUGUGAUGUAUUAUUUUAUAAUUAUAUAUAGUUAUAUUUUUAAAACCCAUUUUUAUAUUUUUACAAUAAUUCUUUAUUGCAAUAAAUCCUGAAAGGUUUCAUCCUUAUUCAUUGAUUUAUAUUUUAUUUAUGGAUUUUUCUGUUGAAUUUGAGAAUAAACAUUUGAUCAGUUAUAGUAGGUGAAUUAUAAAAUCCUUUCAUAAUAACCAAUAGUAGUUCAAUUUAAGAAGGCUUAAAAACCCACUUUUUAAGCAUGUAUCAUGUUAUUACUUUAAUAUUUUAUACAUAUUACUAUUCAAUAAUAGGAUUUUUAUAUGUAAAUUUAUAUAAUUUCCUCAAAUGACCUUAGCUCGAACAUUUAUUUGUUAUACCUAUAACUAAUUUUUUUAUUCAUAAUGCAUAGUACAAAUUAUAUUUAAGGUAUAUCUUUGGCUGAGUUGGAAUAGUUCCUGUUAUGCCUAUUUAGAAGAUAUUUGUCUCAUAUAUUAGCUUAAAGCUCAUGUUCUCAGUAUAAAAUAAAAACUCCUUUGGAUGGGGCGUUUAUUUGAUUUUACUGCGGUUCACAACUGAAGUCCAAGACUCAGACUUCAGAGUCUAUCCAUAAUUCUUGGCGAAAUAGGUACUUGUUUCCUGUUUUCUCUUGUGUUACUCUUGCCACUUUAUGUGCAACAACAAUUUAAAAUUAUUUUGUAACAAACUUAGCCAUUAUUGAGAAAAUAGCCGAACAUUUAUUUUGAUUAAUUUUGAGAGAAUAUUAAAUUGUCUUGAUUGACUCUUAUAUUUCUAUAAAUUUUGGGGAGAAAAAUUCUAUAUUAUAGGCAAACAUUGAUUAGGGACCUUAGACUGAGACGUUAAGCAGAAGGAAAGAUCAAACUUCCUCCCUCGUAAAUGACUUCAGACAUCUACCUUGUCACUUACUGUAGACUUUCCUGUAUGGUGAUUUAUGUGGGUAGAGGUGAUCUGGAAAUGGGAGAGUGACUAGGAUUUAUAAGAAAUAAAGAAAAUAUGAGUAAUUAUACGCUUGAUCAUUGAACCAUUGACAAUGAACUUCACCAUUUUACUUUAAAAGAUUAGUCGUUUUGUUCUUUUCAUAAAUCUUUUCUGAGCCUUGAAUUUAUGGCACAUGGCACACAUUACUUCCUAUGGCAACCUUGAUAUUAAAAAUUGGAAAAAAGCUUUUAAGACUAAAUCAAGAUGGAAUUAUAUUUAAAUAUUUUAAAAUCAAUAAAUGUUGAACAUAAAAUUUAAAUAUAUAAUUUUUAUUGUAUGUAUUUAAAUUUAUAAAGUGUUGGUUCACUCUGCAUUUUAUCUUAUUUUUAAUUUAAUUCUUAUUUUAAAAAUAAUUUCAUUUAUAAGUGUAUAAGUAAAUAUCUAAAAAAUCAUAUUCUUCUGGUUUAUUUCUGUUUUUGAUUGAGGUCAUAGGAAAAAAUUAAGAUUUUUUUGGUUUUUUUUACAGCUUUCUACUCUGUCCACUUUAUAUUACCAUAGAUGUUUUUUUUACACUUUUAUUUAUUUUAAAUACUUUCAAUCAUGUGCUCAAAAGAUUAUCGUUAGGCGUAUACACAAUAAAAAUUUUUGCCUUGAGUCAUUUGAGUCUAAUUAUAUUUUUAUAUUAUAAUUAUAGACCGGAUCUUCGUGCAGUAAAAAUCAGAAAAACGUGCAGCAAAAAACUCAAAAUGUGCAAAAUCUUGCAGUAAAACCCAAAAAUCUCUAAAUUUACACCAAAAAACGUACAAAAAUCAACUAUUUUGUUUAGUUUAUAAUAUCAAUACAUCAAAACCCUAUCAAACCAUAUGUUAAGCUUCUGAAUUGAAUAAAUUUUGUUUCAUCAAAAAAAAAAAAAAAAAAAAUUAAAAUCAAUUUUACAGUUAACUCACGACAACAAUACAUAAUAUAAUACAACAAAUAACUAUUAACAUAUAUCUAAAAGGAGGAGGAAUUAAAAAAAAUUAUAAGGACUGACAUAAACAAUAGAAAAUUAAAAGAUGAUUAAAAAAACAAAUAAGCAAAAACAAUAGGUCCCAAUAAUUAAAUCCCCAUCCCCACAUAUAUUAUUACAGUAAGGUUUGAAAUCAGUUUUGUACCAAGUAUAAACUCAUUUCAUGCUCAAUAAUAUAUACUCAAUAAUAUACUCAAUAAAAUUCAGAAUUUCAUGGGAGGUUAGCGAAUCGUAUUCUCCACUAUUGUUUUUCUUUCUAAAAUAAAUAAAGUCGAUCGGCAAGCCAUAUCAUCGUUAAUUCUUCACCAAAUCUCAAGAUUGAGCCUCCAAUUUCUCCUUUAGGCGGGAAAAAUAUUCCAAUCACCCCGAAAAUUCAGGCAAAUAAGUUAUGAAAGAAAACAAACUUUAUUUGCGAAUAACUAAAAAAUUACACACUUUUCCCUUGGUUAUGCCCAUGAUUAUGUAAAAGAUUACUUAAUUUCCUACAAAAUGAAAAAAAAAAUCAUCGAAAUCGGACAAUUUUUAGCAAAGAUACAGCUUACUGAAAUUUGUAAAGAUGUUGGUGCCAAACAAAAAUGAAGAUUUAAAUUAAUUUUUGUUUCCUUUGUCGAUUAUAUUUAUUGAUAAAGUAACAUUUGAUUUCUUUAUCUUUUGAUACGUUGCAUUAUUUUAUUUUCUUAUUAAUUUAGCAUUUGGUAACAAUAUGUUGAAUUUUUCGCAUGGGCCUACUAGUUGAAUAUAUUUGUUUAAAUUCCGCUUAAAUAAAUUAAUUGACUGACAUAUACAAGGAAUGAAGUAAUGUAGAGGAACUUAAAAAGAUUAAAGAUAUGAAGGAUAAGUAUAUACUAUAGACCAGAUCAAUUGAUUUUAGAUAUUUAAUUUCAAAUAAUAUUAAUAUAUAUAAUAAUAAUAAUAAUAAAAAGGCUUAGCGAACCCGAAGGUUCGAUGCCGACACCACCAAUCGUAUAUUACACACCUCCCUCCACCGAAUAUUAAUAUAUAUACAUACGUAAUUAUAAAUUGUCCACAUUAUAAUGAAAACUUUAUUUUUUAAUUGAGUUGAAAUUUAUGUUAUACAUUUCAAACUUAGAAAGGUCACUAGUAAAAAAUUACACAGUACAGAAAACAACUUCCCCAUCAAAUUUCAACUCGGGGUAAUUUGAUGUCCAGAUUUUAAUUUUAUACCAGAUACCAGAUCCUACUUUCGGCAUUAUUCAAUCUUUUUUACUAGUGGAAAUACCUACGAUUCACUUCAAAGUUGGAAGAGAUAAUGUAGGACUAAAGAAAGAGUGAAAAUUAAUGUCAACACAAGGACGACAGUUUUGUUAUUGAAUUACUUCAGACAAGUUCUAUUCCAAGAAUUGUCUGUCCGCACUCAUGUUCACUUUUUGUAAUGUUGAACUCGAAUCUUUGCCAGUCACUGAAACAUUUAUUUUCCUCAUGCUUUUCUUUUUUAAAUUAUUAAUUUAAAAUGGACAAGAUAGUAAAAUAAAAAAGUAAAAAUUUACACACACAUACAUAUUAAUAUUUAAAAAUCAUUUAAUCUUGCACAAAAUGUGCAAUUUAAUCCAGCAAAAAUCAAAAUCGUGCUAUUGAAGCCAAAAACGACAAAACGUGCAAUUUCGUGCAGUAUAAAAUUUAAAUAUGUUAUUCUACAGCCCAUGAAACGGAUAGAUAUUCGGGUCCGGAGUUUUUACAAGCAAGCGAAUAAAAUGUGCAAUAACAUGGUAAUGCGGUCUCUAAUUAUACUAUAGUAUGCAUCAUUGUUUGUGAUUAUAUCUUCUAAAGUGUUCAUGGUAUUUUUUUUUUUUUUUUG